AGUAGCCGGAGCUAUUUCCGUGACGGACACAGUUUGAGCAUGGCGUCAGGUCAUCUGUGUAAACUGCACAGUCUCCUAACGCGGUUUUCUAACAGCACCUCGCUUCGAAAUGUACAAAAAAGUUUGGUGCCAAUUCAGCUGAAGUCCAGCGUUAGUGGCCCUUCAAUCCAUGGCCCAGAAUGCAAUGUGGAAAUCGCUGUGACUUCAGAUGAAAAAACUAUAGUGUGCUACCAUCCCAGUGCUGACAUCCCUUAUGAGUUUACCCAGCCUAUAAAACGCCCAGACCCCACGACUAACCCGGCAGAGACCCAUGACCAGGUUUUAAAGACCCACCUGAGCAAGGAGGUGCUGAAAGAUAAAGAGGGGCCUAGUAGAGAGGAGCUGAGCAAGAUGUUUUUCACCACUAAACACAGAUGGUUUCCAAAAGGACAGUACCACAUGAGACGCAGGAAAAUGGACCCUCCAAAGGACAGAUAGUUCAUGUUUGAAGUAACAAUACUUCAAACAAUUAUCUUUUUUGUUAAUAUCACAAUAUAUGUAAUAAACAGUCAAAUGUUAA